CAUACAUCAGUCCCUUUCCCUCAUCACUUAUUUCUUAAUAACUUUUUUAAGAGUAAAAAAUGCUACUCUUCUAUUAUAUUACGUUUUAGAUCUUUCUUAUUAGGUUGUCCCACAUCGGCGAAUCCCUCCUUCCUCCCUAUAUACUAGGAGUGUACGUGUUCAAGAUUCCUGCUUCUGCUUCUCUUUCUUCUUCUUCUUCUUCUUCAAUUGCCAACCCUAUCGACUGCUCUGUGUCUUCGUCAUCUUCAGGUGUUCUAGAGGUACGAUCCAAUUCGCCGCCCAACUCGAGGGAAUUUUGUAACCUAUACAUUGGAUAGUCAUGGCAAGGAAGAUGCUUGUUGAUGGAGAGUUGCACAGCUCGGCUGGCGAGGAGACCCACUAUGACUUUGACUUGUUUGUUAUUGGAGCUGGAAGUGGUGGUGUUCGCGCGGCCAGAUUUUCAGCUAAUAAUGGAGCUAAGGUUGCAAUUUGUGAGCUUCCAUUUCACCCAAUCAGCUCGGAAGUUGUUGGAGGAGUUGGUGGAACGUGUGUUAUUCGUGGUUGUGUUCCCAAAAAGAUUUUGGUGUAUGGUGCAUCUUUUGGACCUGAACUUGAGGAUGCCAGGAAUUUUGGAUGGCAAUUGAAUGAGAAAAUUGAUUUCAACUGGAAAAAACUUUUGCAGAAGAAGACAGACGAAAUAGUAAGAUUAAAUGGAAUUUACAAGCGGUUGCUAUCGAAUGCUGGGGUUAAAUUGUAUGAAGGAGAGGGAAAGAUAUCCGGUCCUAAUGAAGUUGAGGUGACACAACUGGAUGGUACGAAAUUGCACUAUUCAGCCAGGCACAUAUUGAUUGCGACUGGCAGUAGGGCUCAACGUCCACCCAUUCCUGGGAAGGAAUUGGCUAUUACAUCUGAUGAGGCUUUAAGCUUGGAUGAGUUACCAAAGCGUGUUGUGGUACUUGGGGGAGGGUAUAUUGCUGUUGAGUUUGCUUCAAUAUGGUGUGGCAUGGGUGCUACAGUGGAUCUAUUUUUCAGAAAGGAACUUCCAUUAAGAGGUUUUGAUGAUGAAAUGAGAGCUGCGGUUGCACGAAAUCUUGAAGGCAGGGGAAUUUUAUUGCACCCUAGGACGACUUUGAAAGAGUUGAUUAAAGUGGAAGAUGGCAUAAAAGUUCUCACAGACCACGGUGAAGAAUUGGAGGCGGAUGUUGUUCUCUUUGCCACUGGUCGAGCUCCUAACACCAAGAGGUUGAAUUUGGAAGCUGUGGGUGUGGAAGUUGAUAAGACUGGAGCUGUGAAGGUGGAUGAGUACUCGCGCACAAACAUUCCUAGCAUAUGGGCUUUAGGCGAUGCUACAAAUCGAAUGAAUCUUACUCCCGUGGCCUUAAUGGAGGCGACUUGCUUUGCUAAAACAGUUUUUGGUGGGGAACCUACUAAACCUGACUACAACUAUGUACCUUGUGCGGUGUUCUGCAUACCACCACUUUCAGUGGUGGGUCUCAGUGAGGAACAGGCUAUAGAGCAAGCAAAGGGCGAUGUUUUGGUUUUCACAUCAACAUUCAAUCCAAUGAAGAACACUAUUUCUGGACGGCAAGAGAAGACAAUUAUGAAGCUUGUUGUUGAUGCUGAAACUGAUAAAGUUCUUGGAGCAUCCAUGUGUGGUGCAGAUGCAGCUGAGAUCAUGCAAGGCAUUGCUGUUGCACUCAAGUGUGGAGCAACCAAGGCACAGUUUGACAGCACAGUGGGCAUACACCCAUCAGCAGCAGAGGAAUUUGUGACUAUGCGGUCAGUGUCAAGGCGUAUUGCUGCAGGAAGCAAACCAAAGACAAAUCUAUGAGGGUAAGAGGUUAAAAAUGUAGUGGGCGGAAAAGACAUUCUCCCAGGAGUCGGUAUACACUUUAUUCUGCAGUCGCCAAAUAAAAAGUAUACAGGAAACUCAGUUGGGGCUUUCCAGGUGUGGUCUGGCUCCCAGUAACAGAGCAAUGCAUAUCGAUGCAUGUCUAUACACAACGGAAAAAACAAUUGUGACUAGUUAAUUUUCAUGUACCUUAAUGUGGAUUAUGUAAUGUAGUGGACUCCUUGGAGUUCAUCAUCUCACCUUUCAUUCUUCAAACCGUGCUGGAAUAGACCCUUAAAUCAAUAAAUCGUCAUUCUGUUUCUA